AUGGCGUCUGCGCUCAAGGAAUCCGUCCCGAGGGAUAAGUGGUGGGAAUGGAGAUGGUUUUCUCCCGACGACACAAAGGAAGAGAGGCGCCUGAUCACCAAGAUUGACCUCCUCUUGGUGCCCUACUCGGUCCUCGGUUAUUGGGUCAAAUAUGUCGACCAAUCGAACCUGAACAACGCCUACGUCGCCGGCCUGAAGGAAGAUCUCGGCUUCUACGGCAACGAACUCGUCCAGCUCCAGACUCUGUUCACUCUAGGAUCGGUGCUUGGCCAGAUCCCCUUUCUGUUCAUCAUGACAUAUGUCCCAAUCCAAUACCUCAUCCCGAUCUGCGACAUCAUGUGGGGUAUCUUCACGCUCCUUCAGUACCGAGUCAACUCCUAUGCCGAGUUGGCUGCGUACAGAUUCAUGGUCGGCUGGUUCGAGGCUGCUUUCUUCCCGGCGAUGCACUACGUAUUUGGCUCUUGGUAUCGAGGCCACGAAAUUGCCCGCCGCGGAGGUAUCUUCUACACCGGUCUGGCCGCCGGCACUCUGACCGCUGGCCUCAUCCAAGCCGGCGCAUCGAGAUCUCUAGAAGGCGUUCAUGGCCUGGAGGGCUGGCGAUGGAUGUACAUCAUCUGCGCCAUAAUCACCAUCCCCGUCGGCAUCUUCGGCUUCUUCGUCAUCCCGGGCACCGUCGACCAGCCCAACAGAUUUUGCGUCAACAGCAAGGACAUUGAGACCGCGCGUGAGCGUCUCGAGAAGCACGGCCACGUGCUGCACGGCAAGAUGAAGUUCGGCCACAUCAAACGGACCCUGCUCGGCUUCCGCUUCUGGCUCGUCAUCACGACCGACGUCCUCUUCUGGAACGCCGGCAUCCACAAGAACACCGGCUCCUACCUGCUCUGGAUCAAGAGCCUCGGGCGCUACAGCGCCGCCAAGGUCAACGAGAUGGGGACCAUCGCCCCCGCCCUCGGCAUAGCCUACACCCUCAUCGCCUGCUUCGCCUCGGACAUGUUCCUCGGACCGGCCUGGGCCAUCACCGUCUGCUCGGCUCUCAACGCGCUCGGCCUCAUCUUCUUGACCGCGUGGACCGUCCCCGAAGGCGGGCUGUGGUUCGGGUUCGCAACCAUGUAUUGGUCCAACGCCCUGUCUUCCGUCUUCCACGGCUGGGUCAACAACCUUUUGCGCGACAGCCCCGAGGAACGUAGCUUCACACUCGUGCUCAUCAACCUGCUCUCGCAGAGCUCGACGGCCUGGACGCCCCUUCUCACCUUCCCUACGGUGGAGGCUCCCCGGUUCAGGAAAGGAUAUUCGUUUUGUCUGGGUUGUGCCAUCGCUUUGAUCGUCUUCACUUGGGUCAUGCACUACUACCUGAAGAGGGACAGGAGACAGAAAGCCGGCUCGGCGGAUGAGGAGACGAGCAGUCGUCAUGGCAGCGGCGUGACGACCCCGCUUGAGGGCGACUUCAAGAAAACCGAGAACUCUGCUGCAGAGAAGAAGAACAUUGAGAAGAGCAUUGACGGCAGUGGAAAAGGAAUCAAAGGAGGUGGCGACAGGAUCACAGUGCUCUGA